AUGAAUCAUUAUUCACAUAUUGAAAAGAAUAAAAAAAUAUAUUAUACACCAAUCAAGGAUCUAAGUGAAAUUGAAAAUAUCGCAUUUUACGAUCAUCAGCUUUAUGAUCAUGCGUUUAAUGGCAGUAUAAGCGCUCCA